AUGAGUCAAAUGGAACCCUAUCGUGAAGAAUUUCUAGAAGAAUUGGAUAAAAUCAGACAGCAAUACAGUUUUGGACAAUCUCAAUAGAUGUCUUAGAGUCAAUAGAAGAAGGUGAACUUGCAAUUCAAGGUUACUGAUACCAAUGACAUCUGGAAUAAUAGUAAAUAUUCUGAUGUAUUUUAUCACUAAUGAUUUUAGAAUAAAUGGAGAGGGAACCUAACAACCACAUUCUACAACAAGGAGCACAAUGCUAGUCAUUAUGAAGUUAACUCACUUUUGAAUCCGGAAGUUACGAGAAAGAAUUUCAAUAUGAGAGCAACUCAGAUCUCAGAAUAUUCAAAUGCAAAACAUAACAAUACAGUUUUUGUGAAUCCCAAGUUCACAAGUUGCUGAUUUUAAUAUAUAUUUCACAUUAUGAAUCAAGACUCA